AUGCUACAGGACUACGAUGACAUCGAUUUGUGCCUGUGCUUCGUGCGGGACUGCAUCAAGAGGCACAAGGGCGUGAAGGCGCAGCACUUUGCAGCCGUCCUUCGCGGCGAGGUAUCCGAAUUGGUGCAGAGCCUCGGCGCGCUCGACCCGAACGCAUAUAGCUACACCCGCGGGCUGAUCCACACCUUCCGGCUGGCGGUGUUGAUCCAUGCGCACAUCCUCGAGUGGCUCUUCAUGCUCGCCCAGGCGCCAGAGCCGGAGACCACCCACCAUUCCUUCUCGCUGCUCGAUGAUCAUGUCGACGAUCUGUCGGCGCCGCCCGAGGAGGCCGUGCUCGUGGCAGCGGCCGAGACAGCACUGGAAGAACCCAGGGACUCAUCCGACGCCAGCCAAAUGUUCAUUGCGCACGUGAACAUGCUGCUGGCACAGCUCUUCGCCCUCUUCCAGGACUUCCCCAACUUUAUCAAGCUGCCACCUGUUCUCACCAAUGCCACGCAAAGCAACAACGUCAUUGGAGGCAGAGCAGCUCAACCCUUCUGGAAGACCUUCAACGCGGCCCUCAUGGAGCUCAAAGCGCUCCCCACGCUCUCGGCCAAACCUCCCACCAACCACGAUUCGGCGCCGCACGUGUGGGAGUUCAAGUGGGACCUCCUGUUCCACCUGAUACCCCUGCUCCAGUUCGACGCUACGACAGGCACGCUACUGGGCGUUCAGCACGUGGCCCAACACGCCAACUGGCAGCUCGUCCUCGACCUGCUCAAGAAGGCGCCCACCAACAUAUAUUCCGCUUCUCCGGGCGGGCUCGAGCACAUCCAGUGCCGCCACGCUGUCCUGGUGCGCAUUCUGGAGCUCAGCCAGGUCUGGCCUCCGUCGACUGAGAUCAUCCCCCAGCUCUGGGCCAUCGUGCGCGAGUCCUACAAGACCGCCACCGCCACUGCCUCUUCAUCGUCACCGGCGUCCAAGCUGACGGCGACGUGGCCGGAUUUCGUGACCAACUUCGGACCGACGACCCUGCCGGCUACACUGACCCUCAAUCCGCCGUCGGCCUGGAACAGAGACAAGGACUACGACCUCUUCCUGCGCAUCCUCCUGGUCCACAUCUACAAGACCGGGCUCCCCGCCGCGCUGCCUCCGUCGCCGCUCCUCCCGCCGCUCCCCGCACCGUCGACGUCGUCACAACCGCAGGGCGGCAGCCAGUCGCCGUUGCGAGCGCAGCAGCCGUUCGCCUCGCCGCUGGCCGCUUCGGCUACGACGUCCGCCAUAUCGCCGCAACAGCGCUCGGUCUUCGCUGCGCCCGGAGUGCGCCAGGACUGCCCUCUGCUGCCGGUCGGCAGAUCAGCGGCGGCCGCUCCACUAUUGACGACGACAACGUUGACGGCCGUGCCGGCUGAGGGCCUCGAGUCGACAACUUCGUUCUCGUGCUACCCGUUCGUGCGCCCGACGGCGCUCGGCUUGCCACAGGCAGCGAUGAAGAAGUUCACCUCGGUCAUCUAUCAGAGCGCGUGGAUCAGGAAGCUGCUGCCCGCCACCGAUCUCCUCUGUCUCGACCUGCUGCUUAACAUAGACAAGGACAAGCGCAGCUACGUCACCUUGCUCAAGGACAAGAUCAACGAGCUGGUGGGCCACAGCCACUUCCUGAAGGCCGAGGCUCUGCUUCAGCUGGCCCUCUUCGGCCAGGCCUUUGGUCUCGAUUUCUCGGGCGUGGCGACGGAUCUGCACGAGUGUAUGAAGCUCAUGUGGACCGAGUACAUCACCGCCCUCAAGCAGGUCGAACCCGCGUCGCCUCAACAGGGCAGACGCGCAUGGCGCCCGACGCCCGACGAGCAGAAGCGACGGGAGGAGACCCGGGUGAACGCGCAGCGCGCCUGCGAGGAGAUGGAGCCCCACUGGAAGCUGGCCCUGCGGCAGCUGACGCGCGUGUUCACCAACGCCCGCGGCAACUUCGACUGCUUCGAGUACAGGCUCAUUCCCGAUAAGUGGGACUCGUGGCUGGUCCGUAUCACCCUCAUAUUCCUCUGUGACGACACGCGAAGCACAGCGCGGCUGUUGACCCUCUGUUCGAUGUUCUUCGAGAUAAAGCACCUGCCGCACUGGCUGGCCAUGGCGGCGAUCAACCUCGUCGACCAGACGCUCCCCAAGUGGUCGGCGCAGCGCAGCAGCGGAAGCUCAUCUGCGUCGGGCUCGUCGUCGUCAUCGUCGUCCUUCGAGUGCUCUUUCACCCUCCAGUCCUACUACCGGACCAUGCGCGCACCCGCAGUGACCGCCGCGGACGCAGCAGCACCGCCGGGUGUCGAAGCCGCAACUGACGACUGGGACGAGGUGAUGGCGGCGAUCGACGUGGACGCGAUGAUGCGCCAGGCCGAGGCGGCCAAGGAGCAGGAGGCCGAGGCCCGACGGCGGCUCGACGAAGCGCGGAGGCGCGAGGAUGAGGAGCGACACGCCCGGCAGGCCCGGGAGCGACAGCUCGCCCAGGAGAAGGCCAACAUGGAGCUGCUAGCCCGCUGCCUGAACCAGGUGGUGGAGAAGGUUAGGCGCGCGAUCCUCUACGAUCGCAACACGCCCACGAUUCGCACCUCCCUGGUGAACUUGUUCGCCAAGCUGUCGCCGCUGUCGAUCGGCCACAAAUUGUUGACGUGGGAACGCGCGCUCGAGCUGUUCGGCCUCAACGCUGCGGAGCCGCUGAAUGGAGCCGCUGCUCAGCCGAGGCAGGGCGAUAACUACCCGACCAUCGGCAUGCCGGAGCGGAGACGCCUCGGCAUCCAGUUCCUGGCCCAGGUGUUCGACGACCUGCCCUCGCUCCCGCCCUACUAUCUUCAGCCCUACGUGGCGCCUCUGUUCCAGCAACACGGUGCGCAGAUGGUGCGAAUAUGGCUGGGCGGAAUGAUGGCCAACGAGUGGACCAAACAGCACACGCUCACCGCCGCUCUCGUGCGCUGCUCCCACCAGCUGCCCUUCUUCCAGGAUUUGGGCUUCAAGGAAGAGUACCGGGUGAGCAAGGACCAAUGCUUCGGCGACCGCCACACCCUCGUCACACGGGUGCUCAAGAAAGUGGGCGAGCUGUGGACGGAGUGGAAUGAGGACGAGGAGAUCGCCGGCGUGCCGCACAAGCGCCAGCAGCUGCGACGCGACUUUGAGGACACGAUCGUGGGCGGCUUCCUGGGCCACGUCGACCGGUUCAUCGCGGCCAUGAACGAGGACCUGGGCCGGACCGAGGGCGUACCCAACAAGCACGCCCACUACUCCCUGCGCGCCCGGCAGGUCUUCAAGAUGGUCGGUGGCCUGCUGCGCUACGGCGGCGCGCUCACCUACCAAUCCGAGCACCAGCUCCAGCUCCUCCAGCAACGAGGCUCCGGCAGCGGCGGACAGCAACGGCAGCAGGGCCAGCUGGUGUUGACCGUGUGCGACAAGUACUUCCAGACGCGCGAGGGCCUGCCCAUGCCCAACCUCCGCAACAGCACCCGCGACAUCCUGCGUCUAUGCAAGUACGAGAUGGUAACGAACGUGCUCCAGUUCCUUAAGACGUCGUUUGAUGCAAGCCCCACGUGCGAUGAGGACCUGCGGCGUCUGCUCUUCGACGUCCUCGACGAGUCCAUGCGCACUGGAUUCGCCCAGGCCUUGGACCCCACCCCGCAGCACGAUAAGACGAGGUUCGAGGACAGCCUCCGGAGCAGGAUCGUGGAAGUGCUCGUCAGGGACUCGCCAACGCUGCGCCGCCACAUCGAGACCACCUUCAUCUCGCCUGCGCUGCAGACGGAUCGGGUGGCGGUGGACAUCUCCAAGAGUUCGUCGCUCACGGGCUUCGUGUCGGGCUACCGCAAGGCCGCGAUCGCGCUCGUCGAGGCCAUCUUUCGCCACGCGGCACUCACGCACGACUCGACGUCGACGUCAUCCGCAUCCUCUUCCUCCGUUGUUUCCCUGGACGCGGUGGCAGCGGGUGGUCGGGCUGUGUCCGCAUUCCUUGCGGGCUUCCUCCGCUGUGCUCUCCUGCACGUCAUCCUGGACCUCAACUCGGCCGAGGCCGCCUCCCGCCUCCAGCGAGCGCCACCCGAGCUGACCUUCGUCAAGCGAGCGUUCAAUGAGGAGGUGAAGCGAGUGGAGGGCCUGGUGCACGCACAGUCGCCGGCCAGCCAGCGGGAGCCGCUCCCGGCCCGGUCUGAGCCGUCUUUCCUGGUGACCACCCGCGCCACCUUCGAUCUCUCGGUCGCCUCCGAUAGGGACAAGAUGCUCGCACUGCUGGUGGGCCGCGCAGUGGACGCUGCCGUGGCGGUACUGGCCGUCCCCGAGUCCGAACUCGACCUCGAUCAGUGCCACAGCGCCCUACAGCAGGUUUGUGGCGCCACCCACGCUAAUUGA